AAAGUGAGACCUCCUGUCGGUGGCUCUCGUAUCUUCGAUUGCAGCCACAGGUUCCUCACCUGUGUGCUAGAGCGCGCGAGCACCGUGCAGCCGCUGUGUGCGCGCGCUCUGCCAUUUCAUUCCGACACAUUCAUCCCCAGCGCACACGGUGACGCCCCCCUCGUGUUAACCGUUAAAACCACGCCCACCCUCACCCCGCAGAAAACCGACGGUCCUCGCGGGUCGUGUCUCCAAACGCGCCGCCGACCGCAGCGGGGGAGACGCCGUCGGUCGGUGAAGUGCAGACGUUGACGCCACGUCGACUAAAACAAACAAACUAAGGCUUAAACAGUAGUUUCCGGAACCGCGGUUCAGUGCCGUGAACCAUGCUGGACCCGUCCUCCAGCGAAGACACCGGAGGGGAUUCCGACCCAGAAGUUGUCCAGGCGGCUCCCAAGAAGCCCGCUGCCUCCCCGGCGGCAAAGUCUGGGAGCAGCCGACGGGAGGGCGGCCGGCAGCGGCAGCCCGCCGCACCUGCAGGCACCCCCGGCAAAGGCGCCAAAGACGGCGGCGCCACAGGUGAAGACGAGGAGAGGACGGAGCGGGAGCGGAUCCAGAAGGAGGAAGAGGAGCGGAAGAUCAAACUGCAGAUCUACGUCUUCGUCCUGCGGUGCAUCGCGUACCCGUUCAACGCCAAGCAGCCCACCGACAUGGCCCGGCGGCAGCAGAAGGUGAACAAGCAGCAGCUGCAGGCAGUGAAGGAGCGUUUCCUGGCCUUCCUUAACGGGGAAACGCAGAUUGUGGCAGAUGAAGCUUUCUGCAAUGCAGUGAGGAGCUACUAUGAGGGCUUUCUGAAGAGUGAGCGCGUGUCCCGCAUGGUGCAGAGCGGCGGCUGCUCGGCCAACGACUUCCGCGAGGUCUUCAAGAAGAACAUCGAGCGGCGCGUCCGCAGCCUCCCGGAGAUCAACGGCCUGAGCAAGGAGACGGUGCUGAGCUCCUGGAUCGCCAAGUAUGACGCCAUCUACCGCGGGGACGAGGACAUGCGGCGCCAGCCGCAGCGGGCGCACCUCAGCGCCAUGUCGGAGCUCAUCCUCAGCAAAGAGCAGCUGUACGAGAUGUUCCAGCAGAUCCUCAGCAUCCGCAAGUUCGAGCACCAGCUGCUGUACAACGCCUGCCAGCUGGACAACGUGGAUGAGCAGGCGGCUCAGAUCCGCAGAGAGCUGGACGGCAGGUUACAACUGGCAGAGAAGAUUGCCAGGGAGAAGCGAUAUCCAAAGUUUGUCUCCUCCGACAUGGAGUCGCUGUACAUGGAGGAGCUGCGCUCAUCAGUUAACCUGCUGAUGGCAAACCUGGAGAGUCUGCCGGUGUCCAAAGGAGGUCCCGACUUCAAACAGAAGCUCAAACGCUCCUCUCUGAACAACUCCUUCCUGGACCUGGGAGACGAGGGAGACAUCCUGUCCAAGUCUGACGUGGUGCUGGCCUUCACUCUGGAGAUUAUGAUCGUGGAGGUUCAGGGCCUGAAGUCUGUGGCUCCGAACCGGAUCGUGUACUGCACCAUGGAGGUGGAGGGAGGAGAGAAGCUGCAGACGGAUCAGGCUGAAGCCUCCAGGCCACAGUGGGGGACUCAGGGGGACUUCACUACAACUCACCCUCUGCCCUCGGUCAAAGUGAAGCUGUUCACAGAGAGCACUGGUGUCCUGGCUCUGGAGGACAAGGAGCUGGGUCGGGUGGUUCUGAACCCGACCACAAACGGGCCGAAGCAGCCGGAGUUCCACAGGAUGGUCGUCCCCAAGAACAGCCAGGACACAGAGCUGAAGAUCAAACUGGCCGUUCGCAUGGACAAACCCCCCAACAUGAAGCACAGCGGGUACCUGUACGCUGUGGGUCACAGAGUCUGGAAACGCUGGAAAAAGAGAUACUUUGUCCUCGUGCAGGUGAGCCAGUAUACGUUUGCCAUGUGCAGCUACAGGGAGAAGAAGGCUGAGCCUCAUGAGCUGAUGCAGCUGGAGGGCUACACCGUGGACUACUGUGACCCUCAGACAGGUCUGCAGGGCGGUCGCGUGUUCUUCAACGCGGUGAAAGAGGGCGACCUGGUGGUGUUCGCCUGUGACGACGAGCAGGAUCGGCUGCUGUGGGUUCAGGCCAUGUACCGAGCCACGGGCCAGUCCUACAAGCCGGUUCCACCGCCACAGAACAAAACCACCAACUGCAGAGGAGGGAACCAGAACGCAGCGUCUCCAUUCAGUCUGGAUCCAUCUCAGCGUCAGGGGGUGGAGGAGCUGAUCUGUGCGGCUCCCUGUCGCUUCGACCACGCCGCCCUGUUCACCAUUUUACAGAAGCUCACUCUGCAGCACCGCAUGAACGACUCCUUCUCCUGCCUGGGCUGGUUCAGUCCCGGGCAGGUGUUCGUCCUUGACGAGUACUGCUCUCGCUACGGGGUUCGAGGCUGCCACCGUCACCUGAGCUACCUGAAGGAUCUGAUGGAUUACUCUGAGAGCAGUGCGCUGGUGGACCCCACGCUGCUGCACUACAGCUACGCCUUCUGUGCCUCCCACGUCCAUGGGAACAGGCCUGAUGGGAUGGGGACAGUGACCGUGGCGGAGAAGGAGCAGUUUGAGGCCAUCAGGAGCCGCCUCAUCGCUCUGCUGGAGAACCAGAUCACACACUUUAGGUACUGCUUUCCCUUUGGACGACCAGAUGGGGCCCUGAAGGCAACGCUCUCCUUGCAGGAACGGGUUUUGAUGAAAGACAUCACCACACCAGUCGCCCAGGAGGAGAUGAAGAAGCUAGUGCGGCGGUGUUUACAAAAUGCAGCUCAGAUCAACUACAGUCAGCUGAUGGAAUACGCACAGAUCAAGGUCGAUGUCCAGGCAGCCCCAGAGAAAAGACUGGAGGACAUGAUGCGACUGGGAGAGCUAUGCAUCGAAGUCCUGCAGCAGAACGACGAGCAUCACUCUGAGGCUUUCUCCUGGUGGCCCGAUGUGAUGGCUGAACACGCGGAGAGCUUUCUGUGUCUGUACCAGGUCCACAUGGACGGGGCUCUGCAGGUGCAGCCUGUAGACUCCUGGGACAGCUUCCCACUGUUCCAGCUACUCAACAACUUCCUGCGAACUGACCCUCAACUUUGCAAUGGCAUCUUCCACAAGCACCUGCAGAACCUGUUCGUCCCCCUGGUGGUGCGUUACAUCGACCUGAUGGAGUCGUCCAUCGCCCAGUCCAUCCACCGAGGCUUCGAGCAGGAGACCUGGCAGUCCGUCAAGUCGCUAACUAACAACCUAGCAAACGUUCCUCUCCCCAAAGUGCCCAGCCUUCCGCUCACGCUGCCGCAGAUGCCCAGUUUCUCAGCACCUGCCUGGAUGGGUCCGCUGUGUGACAACACCCUGCAAGGAAUCAAUCUGCCUGACAUCUUUAAUGGCUCAGCCACGUCAGAGGAUUUGUUCUGGAAGCUGGAUGCUCUGCAGAUGUUUGUGAUGGACCUCCACUGGCCCGAGCCUGAGUUCGCCAAACACCUGGAGCAGAGACUCAAACUGAUGGCCAGCGACAUGAUGGAGGCCUGCGUCAAGAGAACUAAAUCUGCAUUUGACUCAAAAAUGCAGAAGGCGAGUAAAUCAACGGAAUUCCGGGUGCCGCUCUCGGUCUGUACCAUGUUUAAUGUGCUGAUGGACGCCAAGAAGCAGUGCUCCAAACUGUGCGUGCUGGACACCGGGCAGGAGGCUGACAAACAAUGGCAACAGUACCACUCCAAAAUCGACGUCCUAAUUGACGAGGCAUUCAAAGAAAUGAUUUCCUCCCUUGUUUCAAAGUUCGCCGGGGUUUUAGACGGCAUCCUGUCCAAGCUCUCGAGAUACGAUGAAGGGACAUUCUUCUCUUCAAUCCUCUCUUUCACAGUGAAAGCAGCUGCCAAAUAUGUGGAAGUCCCUAAACCAGGCAUGGAUCUGGCCGACACCUACAUCACCUUCGUGCGACAGAACCAGGACAUCCUGCGAGACCGCGUCAACGAUGAGCUCUGCAUCGAGACGAUUUUUGAUCAAUGGUACACAAACUCCAUGAAGGCCGUGUGCGUUUGGCUGACAGAUCGAUUGGACCUGAAGCUCCACACGUACCAGCUGAAAACGCUCAUCAAGAUCGUGAAGAAAACCUACCGCGACUUCCGGCUGCAGAGCGUCCUGGACGGAACGCUGAACAGCAAGAGCUACGAGACCAUCUACAAGCGGCUGCUGAUGGAGGAGUCCAUGGCCUCGGUGGGCGACGGCCUGCAGGGCAUCAGCAUGAGGGACAGCGACGAGGAGGACGACUAGGAACCCUCCUCCCCUCUGUCUCUCUCUGCUUGAUCGCCCCCUCCCCAGAUCAGGACCUGCUCCCCAUUGUCUUAUGAAACACCUAUACAAAUAUCUAAGUUGAUAAUGAAGUCGCUGAUGCAAAACCGAUGAGGCUUCGUAACAUCAGGAUACGCUGUUGUGUUGUUGGUCUCACGCAGCUCAGUUUAACAAUAAAUGAAACCAAAAGAUUAUUUGAUGGUAGUUAAAAUAUUAGUUAAGCUCAUGAUAAAUAGUAAAAGUUUGACUGUAGGCACACUUUUUUCCUCUAAAUGCUAAAAGAACAAGACGUUUAAGCUGUAAUGAGUGAAACAGGUGAGAGCAUUCGGUGGGUGUCAGCCAUUGAUACAGGUCCUGAUCGGGGAGGUGGAGCCUCCAGGUAGUGACACACACCCGCUAUCGACCCCACAACGCGUUACGACAUAGACGUCCAGACUGAAUGUACAGCAGAGGACGUGGAGGCGCCCCCUCCACACGCAGCCAUAUCCUGAUUGAUGUCACUCUGUACAGCAGAGCCCACGGCACCGUCCUGUCGCGUCCCCACCGGUGUCGCCUGUGGAAUGCGUUAGCAGCAGCUCGGUGAUUAACUCCCAGUCUCUGGGGCGAAGCUUUGAGUCUGAGUGAAAGCGUCGCUGAGCGUUUUCCAGACGAACGAUGAACAUGAUGCUGAGCGUUCCUUUGGCCUUAUGUCGUCUACUGAGGCAGGGAACCUCAUGUAGAUGUAGAAGAGGCGGAUGAUUGUCGGCCGUUAGGCGUCUGUACCCGUUUCUGCUGUGUUUUCUAAACAUUGAGGUUCUGUAGCUCAGAAUGUGUCCAGUGCCAACGAUGCCGCCGGUCCAGAAGCGACGCAGGAGGAAACGCUGUAGCUGUAGCUCUGCUCGUCUCUGUUCUGUGAUGUUUACUGUUGUGAAGACUGACGUGGAGCGGUCCGGUCCGGUCACACUGCCUGCCCUGAAUCACACCCAGCCUCGGUCAAGGCUGCCAGCGUGCCAUCGAGCAGACGAGGCCUGCACCUUCUGGACGCCUCAAAAGAACCCGGAGACUCUCUCUUUUUUUUUUUUUUUUUUUUUUUUUAUCUGAUAGGAUGCGAGUAGUCGAGUGUCUCGUCGCUGCUGUUCCGUCGUCCGCCGCCGUCUGUUUACGUGCUGUUUAAUGAAGUUUACCUGUAACAGUGUAGGCCUCCAGUCGACCGUGUGCAACAACCUGCUGUCUGUUCUGUCCGCUCCGGUUUGUGUCAGUGCAGGACAAAAGGACAAUAAUCUAUAUCAAGUAUAUUUAUAUCGUCUGAUUGUGCGCCUGUUUUCUUCAGGUGGCUGAUAAGUGUCGCUAUUAAAGUGUUUUUAAAGCA